AUGAAGAGGGCUCUACUCAUCUCCUUGGUCAGCUGUCUCCUUGUCAUCAAUCAGGCCAGCAUCAUCAGUCGCUGUGACUUGGCCAAGGUGCUGCACCAGGAGGACAUCGAUGGGUUUGAGGGCUACUCCCUGAGUGACUGGCUGUGCCUGGCUUUUGUGGAAAGCAACUUCAACAUAUCAAAGAUAAAUGAAAAUGUAGACGGCAGCUUUGACUAUGGCCUCUUCCAAAUCAACAGCCACUACUGGUGUAGCGAUCACAGAAGUCACUCAGAAAACAUCUGCCACAUGGAGUGUUCAGAACUGAUGAACCCCAACCUUCUCUCAACAAUCAACUGUGCAAAAAAUAUUGUGUCUGGACCAGGGGGGAUGAAGAACUGGGUAAAAUGGAGAUUGCACUGUUCAGGCCGGCCACUCUCCUACUGGCUGACGGGAUGCCACCUGUGGUGA